GUUCUGGUACCCGGCCCCAGUAAUGGACAACCAACAACACCGACAACAGUCGCUGAUACCAAUCGGUGGACGAAGGUGAACAGGAAGAAGAAAGUCAUUGAAGGGCCGGACUGGAUGCCGAGUGUUCCUGAUGACGUCAGACUGACGUGGCAGACCACCUGCAGGAUGUGCAGUGUUCACAAUGAUGAAGAGGUGUGGCCGUUCUCCCAGGAGACAGGUGAGAGGAUGCUGACGUACACGGUACUGGGGGCCGGCGGGCGGACUGGUCACGUGGUCCACAAACCUUCCCUGUUCUGGGAGAAGGAAACAUUCAGAGAACUGGACGGCUACGCCAAAAAGGCUCCGCGAUCACUCAAUGGCGACUUCCAGCUCCUGGUCAGCCAUCUCAUGCAGCCCACACACACGGAGCUGGAGAAGGUGCGAGUCCUCUUCAGCUGGAUCGCAGCACAGGACGUCCAUCGCAUGCAGUUCCCACAGCCGCCACCAGAGGGUUCUCCCGACUGGUUUCUGCAGAAGAUCAAGCAGAGACGGACGGAUGCCUAUCGCUACCUCUUCAACUAUCUUUGCAGAUAUGCUGGACUGCAGUGCGAAUUCGUGAAGGGCCACUGUAAGGGUGCUCGCUGCUUCCCGGGAACCAAGUACGUCGGAGAACCUCCCUCGACCACGUGGACCGGCGUGUGCAUCGACGGUCGGUGGGGAAUCGUGGACACCCACUGGGGAUCCUACUCCGUCAUAGACGACGAUGACGACAAGGCCUUGGAAGACCUCCAGUCCCAAAUAUCCAUGGACGAGUUCUACUUCUUCCCCAACCCUCUCCACUAUCUCAGCUCUCACUGCCCCGAGCAUCCCAACUGGCAGCUGAUCGAAAACCCCGUACCUUUGGAGAUUUUCGAGUCCCACGUCAAGUGCACUUCUGCAUUUUUCGCUCUCCGCUUGUUCUUGCUGAGUCACCACAGCGGCCUUGUACACACGGAGAACGGCCAGGUGGACAUCUACAUCGGCCUUCCUCCCCAGGCUAGCAUGAACAAGAACAUGGAAUUCACCUACAAUCUGAAGACAAAGGAAGAGCAGUCCAGAUGGCGGGGGAUCAAACUAGACAGGUUCGUUUCCCAGCAAAGGAUGAAAGGAGCGGUGGUCUUCACUAUUCGUCCUCCUGAAAAGGGCAGGUUCCUCUUCGAACCCUACGUGGGCCUCGGCGGCUCCAAGGACUCCUUCCGUGUCUGCGAGUACAUGAUCGUCUGUGACCAAGCUAAAGACAUCAGUGACAACGCCCCUCUACCCGACUACAAGGGAUCGUGGGGACCAGGCAAGGAGGUGGUGUCCAAAGGCCUGACGCCGGUCACCCAUCCCUCUCCCUAUGUCCAGUGUGAUGACGGAACGGCAGAAGUGGAGUUUAGGAUGGACCAGAGCGUGAAGCUCACCGCAAAGCUGUUUGAAGAAACGCUGAACGACCGUCAUCUGCAGCGGUAUGUUGCCCACGAGGUUAUCGAUGACGUAGUCAAGUUCCACGUUGUUUCACCGAAGGAAGGAAACCAUGGACUGGCAAUCUACUCAAAAGAAGAAGAGGAGGACACUCUGCUGUGCAAUUACAUCACGCAGACCUCGCCCAACCAAGCCCAGGGCGCGAUUCCGUUCCCAGCGGUGACCGAUGGUUUGUACGGCCCGGUCGUUCCCGCCUUCUCCGAGCUGGGGCUGUCCAAGUCCAGCAGAACUGCUUUCAUAGAGUGCGACACCGGUGAACUUGACCUUAGACUUGGCGCCGACCGUGUCCUGGUUUACGACCACGAACUGUUCUGGGAAACCCUUGAAGAGAAGGUCAACCUGCAUGGGAACGUGUUCAAGCAGAUUCUAGAUGGAGAAGUGCAGUUCUGGCUCCGGCUUCCCCGCUUGGGCAAAUACAAGCUAGCUAUCUACGCUAAGGAACUCGGUCAACAGGGUGAGAUGAGAAACGUCGCCAACUACUGCAUCAUCUGCACAGGGACAAAAGAAGGUCUUGGCGCUUUCCCGGUCGUCAACGGGAAGCAAUGGGGAAGAAAGUUCCCAACUUUGACCGACCUCGCCCUCACGCCGGCCAGCCAUCCGACUGCCUACAUUCAAGCAUCGGGAAGUGUUGAGAAAGAGUUCACCUCGGCGGAGCGGCUGGACUACACGAACCACCUGAAGCUGUGGAAGAUGGGCCAGCAGCAGAGAGACGUGGGAGACUUCGCCUGUCACAAGAUACUCGACGGCGGGAAGAAGAUGGUGAUUCUCGCGAAGUUUCCAGAAGUCGGGGAGUACAGUCUGGAACUCUACGUGAGGGACGCAGACGGGAAAGACCAGAACGUGAUGAACUACCUGAUCAACUGUGAGCAGGCCGCAGAUCCGUGUCAACCCUUCCCUGAAGUGAUGGGCAGGCGCUGGGGACCCAUCUACCCUUGCUUUGACCAACUGGGCAUGACCCUGGCGAGUCACACGGACCCAGUGAUCACUACAGACACAAGGGAAGUUACUGUUACCUUUGGAACGACGGGACCUUUGUGGUUCUAUCCCGAACUGACUCAUAAUGAAGACGGCAAAGCUAACGAUAUGACGGCCCACGCAAUCAUUCAAGACGACCCAGAGAAUGACCAGCAAAUACAAGCAAAACUGGUUCUUCCAAACGCUGGCUACUACAAGUUCAGCCUCUUUGCCAAAGCUGCUGGCGCGAACGGCAAUCACCAGAGAGCAGUCAGUUACCUCAUUCACUGCACCGACGCCGCCGGGGACAGCACUACUGUACACACAGGGUUCCCUCAGUUCAUGGACUGCUGGGGCACAGGGUGUCGCAUUGUGGAACCCAAUAAAAGAACAUUACCGGGCGGAGACAGUCAGCACUUCAAGCUGAAGGUCCCCGGCGCUGCAGGAGUAGCUGUGAUUCUACCCAACAAGAAGUGGUGCCAUCUGGAGCAAGGGGAGGACGGGACGUGGGAGGGGGAUGUCCUGGUGCCGCUAGGAGGCUACACGGGGGGCGAGGUCAAGGUGGUCGCCAAGAUGAAGGAGGGAGGGGACUCUUACUUGCCGCUGUUGCAAUAUAUUGUCGGAGAAGACUCUGAAGAAGCAAUCUCAGCGGAGCAAACAGUCGACCUGCUGCCAGCCCUCGCCGCCCUGGGACUGUCCCUGGGUAGCCACCCGAACACGUCCAUCAAGACCAACACGGGAGAACUGGACAUCAGACUCGGCAUGGAAAGGCGUCUCCAGGUAUCUCACCAACUCACACUGGAGGAAGAUGGCGAAAAGAUGGACAUGAGCAAGUACGUGUUUCAGGAGACGAUGGACGGCGAGCUGCGCUUCUUGCUCCGGCUUCCGACGGCGGGGAAGUACACCCUCUCUGUCAAUGCAGGGGAGAUGCAGUCACAGGACAGCAAGUCGGCUUCCCAGGAUGGAGAAGAAGGAACUGCCCCUCAAAACGUCAUCAAUUACAACAUUAAUUGCAGCGAAGCAACCAAAGGCGCGAAGCCUUUCCCCUCACUUGAAGGGGGACAGUGGGGAUUGGUGUAUCCACAGGCUCUCACGUUGAGUGUCACCGCAAAGAACCAUCCCAGUGCGUACAUAGAAGCUUCGGGAGAGCAUGAGAUCGUGCUGGACUCUCCUCCUCAACUGCAGUACACACACCGACUUCAGUUGGCACGCGGUGGCAGCAAGAUUGAGUUAGAUGACUACAACUGCCACAGAGUCCUUGAUGUAGGAAAUAAGACAGUGGUGGUGCUGCGCUUCCCGAAGAGAGGGGAGUACACAUUGCAAGUUACAGCGAAAGGAGAAGGUUCGGAUACUCCCGAAAAUGUAGCAAAUUACCUCAUUCGCUGCGUUCAAGCCACCGUCCCGUUCGAGCCUUUCCCGGCGGUCGCGAACAGACGCUGGGGACCCGUGUACCCUGCCUUUACCGACAACGGCCUCCGUCCGCAAAGUCACGAAGACCCGUUCGUCAAGGCUGAGGACGGCAACUUGCGACUUGCCUUUGAAAAGAGCGAGUUCUCUACUAUCUACGCUUCUCUGUUCCGCUGCUCUGAUGAUGGUCACGAGGUAGACGAGUCGUCCUACGCGUUCGUGCAAGACGCGAGUGACGAAGGUGAGACGUUUUCCGUCGACCUGCGUCUUAACGACACCGGCUACUACAAAUUGACGCUGCUCGCAAAGGACACUGAAGGCGACAACCGAGAGGAAGUGCUGACAAACUACCUGAUAUUCUGCAAACAGGGCCUGGACGAAAGUGUUCCGUUCCCAGAGCGGUCCGAUGGCUGGGGGCAAGGUUACCAACUGCACGAACCACUGGCCAGGACUCUGAAGGCGAAGGAAACUGUGACAUUCAGGGGAAGGUUUCCGGGCGCAGGAGAAGUGGCUGUCACCCUGCCCACGUCACAGUGGAUACAGCUGAAGAAGGCGGAGGACGGGACCUGGGAAGGCGCCGUGACGAUGCCGGGGAAGAAGUACAGCGGCGACGCUGUGACGUUGAACGUUCUUCCUGAGCACGAGGAGGGAGACUACACGGAGAUCCUGCGGUACACAUUGCAGGCAGGCGCCGACGACGCCGACGACGAUGAUCAAAACCAUGGUCCGGUCAUUGAAGAGGAGGACAUGGGACAAGAGGAAGAAUACCAAGUGGUCCUGCGAAACAGGAAGACUUUGGAGGAGAACAUGGACCCGGUCAAGGUCAUCCCGAGGUUCGAAGAAGAGAAGUUCAUCGACGAAGAGGAGGCCCACGAGAUGACUCUCCAGCUGCCGGACAACGCCAACGAAGUCAACAAAGCUGUUCUCAACGUGGUGUCAAGAGAAGGCGAAGAAGCUUUCGUCGUGCUCCGUGACGUCUUGAAGGAAACCAAACAGACGGCGCUUUUCGACCUCAUUAAAGACGUGAAAAUUGACGAGAACACAGACAACACACCCGAAGUCAUCACGAAGAAAUUGGCAGAAGCAACAAAGGCAAAGAACAGGAGCAGGAUAGAGAAGGCGAUUGCCGAGUACAAGGAGCACGGCCUCUCUCAGAGUGAAGACGUCUACAAGGAGGCGACAAGGACUCUGAGACUUCUGACGGCCAGAGAAGACCUGCGGAAGGCUAUCGACUCCAGACAGAAGGACCAGCUGAAGGACGCCAUGCAGGGCUGCGCGGAGUUCAAGGACGAGCUGCAGAAGGACCUGAACGAGGCUAGGAGGGUGCUGGACGCCGUGCUGCACCUGGAGAGCUUACGGCAUAAGAUCAUGGCCAUGAACCAGGCCACCGUGGCCGAGCUCAAGACGUACAACCAGCCUCCACCUGCUGUCAAUCAGGUCAUGAUGGCGACGUUCCUGUUGCUAGGCAACUCGAAGGCACAGAUCAAGGAUUGGCAGUUACUCCAAACACUGAUGGGUAAGACGGGUAAGCAGAGCCUGAAGAGACGCAUCAAGAAAUGCCAGCCGGCCAAGCUCAGCCCGGAGGUUGUAGCAGACGCGAAGAAGCUUCUACAGGAGAAUGACCUCACCUUGGACUCCGUGAGGAGCGUCAGCAACGGAGCAGCGACGUUCUACGUCUGGUCGAUGGGGAUGAUUGAGGAAGUGGAACAACUGACGAAACCAAAGGAGAGUGCAAUCCAACAGCUAACCAAGGCGAGAUAGGGACAAUAAUACAAUGUUAGAUUAAUUCAAUGUGCCCCGUUUAUUGAAAUAGGUUUGCUGCUCUGUUGAUAGUCUUGUAGAAUUUUUUGUUAGAAUAUCUACCAGGUGAGAACAUACAAAGCUAUGCACUCGACUUUGUAAUCAUUUCUAUGUAUAUAUGCCUGAUACAUAACUCACUUGGUGUAUCUCACAGUUGUGCCAAUGUUUGAUGUGCUGUACAUCGAUCUGUCCU